AUGGAGUCGAAACGUUCGAAACUUCGCCCCCGUUUCACCCCAUUUUUCCUCGUCUGUUUCCUUCUCAAAGUGCCGCGUGUUGACGGACUGCGACCGCGUGGAAUCGGAUUGAUUCGACUGCCGUUCGGUGAGUAGUUUGCUGUUUUUGUGCGAUCACGUCAUCGUGUUUCGAUUGUGUCACUUUUGAAUCUCAAUGUUCGAUCUAUUGCAGGAGUAUCGGAUCAUCGUUCCGGUCCCUACCUGCCCAACCUCUACAUUGCCGGAAACAAACUCUACCACAAGACGCAGACAGUGCCCGACGUUUCGCUGCCCGGACAGGAGAAGCACUUUUCCGGACACGCCCAACUCAACCCGUUCACCCACAUGGUCGCCGUCGGAACGAACAACGACUUUGGAGAUUCGUGGGGAGCCGGAUACGCUCUGCAGGGUGUCAACUUUCUCGGUUCGUUGAUUGAUGUGAAAAGUAGGAUUGGAGGAGACGUUUAGAUUUGAAUCUGAGAAAGAACUACAGACAGUAUGCGAACAUGCCUCAUCUGUUCACCGACGGACAGCAUCAGCCAUUUCAGGUGGGUAAAGUGACUGUUUCGACUGAUUCAACGAACGGGCAUCUUCCAGAAUUCGUUCAUUGUUGGCGCUGAGGUCGACUCUUCCAAGUUCACCAGUCAUGCGGUGGCUGUGGACAUUCCGCUCCCGGGAAUCAACGAAGUACCGUCACCCUCAAUUGUGUUCUUUCUCACUUUUCGCUAUUUUCAGGUGUUCGACUUCCAAGAGGAAACACUGGAGAAACACGACGAAGAGCUGACGGACAUCUACCACACUCGCAUGAACUUCCCGAUUCCCACGACGAACCAGCGGUUCCCGUUCAAGGCGCACUUCUUCGAACGGAUCAACGACAUCGAUCUCAACUUUGCACACCUCAUUCCCAAUCUUAACAUUCAUGGCAUCGACCGAGAAAAGGUGAGAGCUCAGGGGUUCUAGUGCUGUAAAAUAUAUCUAUUUUUUCAGAUCGUCGAUCAACUCGUCCAAAACAAAGCGAAUCCAACACUUGUCGGGUAA